ACCAUUUAAUAACCAAUGUGACAUGAGACUACAUUUUUGUUUGUUGUUACUAAUUGGUAUUUGAAAGUAUGUCAGUGUGUGUAACUAUCGGUUAUAUGUAUUUCUUCAGAUGUAACCACCAUAUUUGUCACGAUCGUUAUUAAAAUGUUUGUUGUAUAAAAUUUUUUGGAUUCUGAUCGUCAUUACGUAAUUGCGAUAUAUUUUUCAUUUUUAUCUACAUACUGCAUAGCUUUUAUUUAAAGUAGAUGAUGGAGUCAAUGAGAUUCAACGAUUUUGAACGAAAUCACCGUAUAAUAAAUGUAAAUAUAGAUUUAGUAGGUAUUGUUGCAAAGAUAGGAGAAUUAAGAUAUACUAACAAAAUAGGAUGCAAUAGUGACGAUAAAUGUGAAUCACUACCUAUUCGAGAUUUAUAUAUUUAUGAUGAUUCAUUUACAAUGAUAAGAUUGCUUCUUCGCAAUGAACAUGCUGAAAAUGGUACAGAUAUAGAAGUAAACGAUGUUAUUUCUUUAAAAAAUGUUAAAAUAAUGAAAGUCCAAAAUCGUUUGGUUGUGAUUACAUUACCAGAGACAAUAAUGGAAUUAAACACACCUGAAUAUGAAGCACUAAGGUUGAAACAAUGGUUUAUUCACAAUAGAAGAGAUAUGUGUAAACAAUUUAUGCAAUUCGUCAAUCUUUCAAUGGCCCCUGGUAAUCUAAAAAGAGAUAUAGAAAUAGAUAUAAAUACAUUAACACAAGUUGAGUGUCGUCCUUCAAAGAUGUUACGACUGUCGCGCAGUUCAUCUAGAUCGGAAGAACGAGACUUAGCUCUUGCUCCAUCACCAUAUCCAUCAGCAGAUGCAAACUAUGAUGUGAUCAAUGACGAUGAUAUAUCUUCACCCAGAUCUCCGGAAAAUAAUCAAGUUACAAGUGAUGAUGAAUAUGAUAUGGAAAGAAAUAUUAAAAAAGAAAAGGAACAAACAAAUGGAAAAUUAACAAUACAAACAGAAGAAACAGAUGAUGUAACAAUUUUGAUACCAAAUAAGUUUGAUAAUGAUAAAAGAGAUAUUAGAUAUAAGACUUACAGUAUGUUGAUGCAUUCCCCUCUUUUGGAAGAUAAUUGGGAUGAAGAAAAAGACCAAUACCUAGUCAAUUUUAUUACGAAAAAUUCAUACAAUCUUCUUAAUGAUUCGUUAUAUAGCAAUUUAAUAGCUGAGAUGCCUGAUAUCUUUUCGAAAACAACACCAACAAUCUUGAAAGAAAGAGUAUAUAUUUUGUCAAGUGUGAAAAACUUUUUGUAUUUGUUGAAACUUUGUGGAGGUGAUCAUUUGACGACAGAAAAAGAAAAAUCAAUUUUUUUAGUCAAAGUGGACAAAUUGAGAGAGUCAAUGAAAUUGAUAAAAGUUUCUAUUGGCAGUCCUAAUAAUCACUCAGUUGUGGGAAGUAUUUAAAAAUGAAAAGGUAGCUAAGUUAUUUUGCUUGAAAAUUUGUUUACAUAAAAAGACAAAUGUAAUGGUCACUUUGAGUGAUUAUUGAUAAAUUAAUAAAUGUAUUAUGAUAUAUAUAGUGUUUUUACUAUAAAUAAGUUGAAUAAGCAAGUAUGAAAGUGGCAAUGUAUUCAUUUUAA